UUUAGAGUCAUGAUAUCUCUGUUUUGGAUAGCUUGUCUGCUGAUAUUCAGUCAUGUCUCAGCUAUUCCGCUCCAGUUUGAGGUGGUAUCUGCUGACCGGACUAUCGAUAUAUCAACCCAUCUGACCAAAAUCACUACGAAGAUAGAACUAGAGAACAUUGAAUCUUCGGCCGCAAAAGAAUUCUACUUGAGUACUGAACCACGUUUUGCCGACAAAUUGUCGUUCUUAGGAGUGACGAAUGAUGGCUUAGAUGGCGGAGAAUUGGAAGUUUCGGAAGUGAAAGGAACCGAAAAGUCGACGCCUCUCUAUCACAAGGUGAUGUUGAAAAAAGGGGUUUCUGCAAAAGGGGAUCGAGUGAAGGUUGUGGUGUAUGAAGUGUUCCGAGGACUUCUUGUUCCGUUCCCAAAAGAGAUCAAACAAUCAGAACCUCAGUUGAUAACGACUACUCAAAAUUCUCGAUUUUUCUCGCCCUACAAGUCGCGUGUUCAAAGUACCGUUUUCAAACUGUCGAGCUCGAAAAUAAUUUCUUACACCAAAAUAGAACCUAACCAUGGGGCGGACAAAGAAAUCGAAUACGGACCGUUUGAAAAUGUUGCAGCGAACAGCGUUGUGGAUGUUGUUGUGCAUUCUGAGAACAACUCGCCAUUCCUGACAAUCACGGAUUUGACUAGAUGGGUUGAAGUAUCUCACUGGGGUGGUAAUAUCGCAAUUGAAGAAGCGAUAAAGUUGCAACACUCAGGUGCCAAGCUGAAGGGAUCUUUUUCCAGAUUCGAUUACAUGUACAUGCGAUCUUACGAUGGUGUACCCUCGGUUAAAUCGUACAAGACCGUCCUACCAGCUGGAGCCAAGGAUGUCUACUAUAGGGAUGAAAUUGGAAACAUCUCCACGAGCCAUAUGUUGGAGCUCCUGGAUUCGGUUGAGCUAGAGAUCAGACCCCGAUACCCACUCUUCGGAGGAUGGGAGACCCAUUACUUAUUGGGAUACAACCUGCCAAGUUAUCAGUACCUGUUUAGCCGAGGAUCGAAAUACAUGCUGAAAAUGAGGUUUGUGGACCACGUUUUCGAUGACAUGUCCGUUGACCACGCAGAGAUCAAAAUAGUUCUACCUGAAGGCGCUUCUGACAUCCAGGUUAAUGUUCCAUACUCGCACUGCAGAAAAGCUGAUGCUCUGCACUACACCUUCCUGGAUAUAUCAGGACGGCCUAUCGUGACACUCGCUAAGGAUAAUCUGGUCGAGGAUCAUAUCCAGGAUUUUGAACUGACCUACUCGUACAAUUCGAUCUUCUUGCUUAGAGAGCCACUGAUGAUCAUAACUGGUUUGAUGAUAAUCUUCCUGAGCGUCAUUCUGUUUGUUCGAAUGGACUUCUCAAUCUCUAUUGACAACAUGGCAGAGGCGAAGAUGAGAGUCGCGGGUGCGAUUGAACAAGUGUUUGCUCUGGAGAACAAGCGUGAGGUGCUCUGCAACAAACUUGAAGAUGCAGUAGCUUCGUUCCGAAAGACUAAAGAUCAGGAUCAACUGAACAAUGUGCGAAAAAACGUUGAAGCAGAACUGAAGGAAGCCAAAAAUGCGAUUGACCAACUGGGCAAAAGUGUCAAGGAAGAUUCGCCAGAUGUAACUGAGCGAAUAAAUGAGAUCCAAAGACACCACAACGUCUAUUUUGGACAUGUAUCGGAUGUGAUGACCAAUGCUAUCAAAGUGGUCAACCAGUCAGUGACUCACGAGGCCUUCAAGAGAACCGAAGAGUCGCUUGAACAGAAGAAGGCAGAGGUCAGGGCUAAAAUCAACAACACCUUGGCUAAGCUAUAGAGCCACUUUUCAAUUUUAGUUUCAAGAAUUUGACUAUUUAAAUCAAGUAAAGGCACUUUCUCUUCCAGUUCUGUCGAUUUGGAUUUUCUUGUUACUUUCUUGCAGGUUAAAUUCUUGUUACUAGUUUUUGUUAAGGUCGCUAGCGUCAGCGUCAUAUUCCAUGAAUAUACACGACUAUAGACUGCAACUAUCCACUUUUUUCCCCCGAGCCUUUCUCGACUCCCUAGAAAACCUUGUCUUCUAAAUCAUAAACAUGUUCUAUAGCGGUGAAGUUUUGUUUUGAAUUAAACGUUGCUCAUGUGUGUGAAAAAUGUAUUUUGAAUUCUUGUCGGUGAUUUAUUUGAGGAUAACACUUAUAUAGUGUACAGUUUCUUGAUAUUAUUUGAAUAUGCCGAUGCAGAUAAAAGGCCUAUAAAAAUGGUAAUGGUAACUAAGUCUUUGUUUGGUGAUCGUUUUUCAAGUAUACAAUAGAAUUUACGAAGAGUUUUAAAAGAGAAGCCUGCAAUCGAUUUGCAUAACGGUUUAUAUGUUGUUCUCAUCAUCUUUUUAGUACCAAUUGAAGUUGAGGCUUAAUAUUGUAAAAUAUUAUAUUAUUCGAUUGGAAUACUUGUUGCGAUUUAUGACAUAUAUGUAUUAUGUUGUACUGGAAUAAAAAUAUCUCAUGAUAAUUUUAUUGCACCACCGAAGUUUUGUGUUGUAGCAUUCAGAAGUUAAUCAUCUCUAGAAGCCUUUCAUUUCAUUAUUUAGUUUGUAUAA